AUGACGGUCAUGAAGUGGUGGCACUUACUUAAAUCCGCCUCUCAAGCCAAUUUGCCAACUUCAAAGGUGAGGAGUCCCAACUCCUCCAGGCAUCGACACCGUGAGGCUUCAUCCUCAGGCAAGGUGUCGGGGCCGGCAUCCAGAUGCGACAACGCCACACUUACAAAUGGGACGACAGCGCGACCACAAUUUUCUACUACAACGGGACAGUCGGGACAUCACAGGGGAAACCUUGAUCACCAACUUCUCAACAUUCGCGGCGGCGAUGGGUAUUGUCUUGUGUGUAAUCCCUGGUACGCCGAUAAAAACCCGAACCUCCAAAACGAGGACCCCAACUCUCUUCCUCAGAUCAGCACCGAGCAUGGGUACGUUCUGCUUGAAGGUCAACCCUCUGUUUUGCCCCCAAGUCGCGCUGAGGGUAAUUAUUUCACCAAGGUCGAUAUCAGAGGAGAUAGCAACAACAUGGAGCUUAUCUUAGACACAGCGCUGGUUGCAAACCCCAAUCGAGCCCGAAGUAGCCGCUACGAAAAGGUCGAUAUCCACCUCCCGCUAGACCACAAAGCUUCAAGCGAACCGGCCACCCUUAUCGUCAGCGAGCUUCUUCAGCUUAACCCAAAAGGAAGACGAUAUACAACUGGAAGUCCACUUUCAGAUUCUCAGCUCAGUUAUGAGAGUCAUUUUGGCUGUGGAAAAACGGGUUUCAACACAGAGGAAACACAAGUUGUGUUAUCAAUGGCAAGGGCAUUGAGAGUCCGAAACAAGUGUUCUCCAAGCUCAACAUUCAGUAAGAACUGGGGAUUUCAUCUGCUUCUCUUCAUCAAGGCGCAAAUUUCGCGAUCUUUGCGGAAUUGA